AUGGCGGAUGAACCCAGAAGAUCCGUUCGCGCGACAAAGGGCCAACACACAAUGAAGGACCAGCUGGACCAAACCCCAGAGCCCCCCAAGAAGAAAUCUUCCAAGAAGUCAAAGAAGCCCGAGAAUGAAGAGCCCGUCGAGACCGAAGUCAUUCGGUGCGUUUGCGGAGCACUUGAGACACUCCCCAACGACAAGGAACCGUGGAUUGCCUGCGAUAUGUGUGACGCGUGGCAGCAUAAUGUAUGUGUCGGCAUCACCACAUUCGAGGAGGACAUCCCCGACAAUUAUCAGUGCGAGCAAUGCAACCCAGAGGGCCACAAGGAGCUUCUGGAUGGCCUGAAGCGCGGUGUCAAGGUUUGGGAGGAUCGUAGAAAGAGAUAUCUGCUCGAGAAGGCCAGACAGGACAAGGAAGAGGCGAAAAAGGAUGCGAAGAAGGAUGUGAAGAAGGGGAAGAAGAAGGGCAAGCGGGCCAGUGAUUCCAAGACCGAGAUCAACGGAAAGUCCAGCGCGCCUGCAACUCCCGUGCCGGAGAAGACCAAAAAGGAUGCCGCCUCAACGAGAGCCGGGAGUGUGAAGAGAAAAUUGAGAGAUGAGUCUCAAGAUAAGGAGUUGUUGAAGGAACCUAAGGCAAAGACUCGCAAGAUAUCGGCUCCACACGUCCCUCCUCGACAAGAAUCCCCAACGUCCGAUCUCCCUACCAAAAUCGCAGAUAUCAAGGACCCAGUCAAGGAAGGAGGCGCCCGGAUCUUGCAAAAGAGCUUCAAGGUGACCGUACCAGUAGCUAUCAAGAACGGUGUCUACGUGCCGGCGCCGAAUGAUACGGUCGAUUCAAAGACGGAACGCCUUGCCAUAUCGAUCGCAUAUGCUGUUGCGGAGCUCCACCCUUCACCAGAUUCCUUUUCACCUCAGGCUCGAUCGAUCGCCGCAAACCUCAAGACUAACCAAGAGCUUACCAACAAUCUGCUCUUGAGAAAGUUGCUGCCUCUAACCUUGGCCGGCAUGAGUUCGGACGACAUGGCGAGCAAGGAAUUGAAGCGGGCGGUCGGAGAGAUUAAGGCGCGCAAUGACAAGCAAGCGAUUAUGGUCACAGACGAUGGCCCAAGAGUACGCAGAACUCACAAGGGAGAAGAGGUCAUCGAGAGUGACAACUUUGCCAUGACCAGCGAUACUACCUCCACAUCCCGCAGACGAAGCAUGCUUGAUCCCAAUGCGUCCAUGGCGGCAAGAUCACGAGAGAACUCUCCUGGCGACCAGGUUGAACUGCCCGCAGAAGAGGAGGCAUACCCAAAUCACAACGAUAUUUCGGGCCUGAAGCUCGCGUUUCCGCCAAAGGCAUCACCUUCGGUAAGAAAGUCCUCGCAGGCAGACUUCGAUAUCCAAAAGGUGUUCUCGAGUGUGUCAGCUCAAUCCCCUACCACCCCCCAUCCUCGACGUGAGUCCUCAAACAACGCACCGCCUAUCGAUGGACCAGGUGUUGAUCCUGAGAUUGAUAAGAUGUUACAAGAUGAUGACGGUGACUCUGAUGCCUACUCACCCACCGAUUAUCCCGCUGACCCCGAUGUGGUCUGGAACGGAAUUGUUACGAUGGACUCGGUGGCGAGCUUCCCUGCGUCUGCAAAGCACGUUGCUGGCAUGGCUUACGAGACAUCUGCCGACUGGCAGAAGUAUCUUCAAAAGGACUUGAAAGUUGCCGGACGCAUCGACCAGGAGAAGGCCAAUGAGUAUCUCUGCAGCUUGCGCUACAGCCCUCCCACGGACGUUGUAGUAGUGGAAAUCCUCCCAGCCGGCGAGCAUGCGCGCAAGCAAUUCGUGGAGCUCUACAACUACUUUGAGACGCGCAAGCGAUUUGGGGUUUUGACGAACAAGGGACCUGGAAAUAUCCGUGACACAUACCUGGUUCCUGUUCCACCCAGUCCGGCAAGCAUGCCUGACUUCAUCGGCAAUCUCGAAGAUCACAAGGUUCCCGAGCAUCGACUCGAGCCUAUGAUACUCAUCACCCUCGUUAUCCGCAACGAAUGGCCACCAGCACCUGUGGAGGCCGUUGCGCAAUCGCCGAAUGUCAUUGAUCACUCUCUAAGCCAGAUGACCAUGGCAGGAACUGGCUUGACACCCAACCCUCCUCUAGGAUCGAUUGGCCCUCCCAUGCAACCGCAACCAUACCAGCCCCUGUCGCUGGAGGAAAUCCGACACCGCCACCACCUUGAGGAGCAAAGAUUGAUUGAACAAAGAAACGGCGAGGCGGUUGCAGUAGAGAUUCUCGGUGUUUACCGUGAUGCACCUACGGUUGCGUUCCUGAUGCCGCAGGCAUUCCAGAUGCGACCAGUUGAGUGGCACGUCAUCAAAGGGAUUCUGGAGGAGGACGACCAGGCGAGACACGAUCUGCAGCACUUGAGUCAGGUUUUGGAGAUUAGGAUGCAAAGCCUUCAACCGCCUCAGCAGCAAUGA